AUGUCAACUUACAAAGGCCAAACCCCAUCGACCAUCGAGGUCGAUCCGCGGGUUGUGUCCUUUUUCGAGAACUUCUACGCCGUAUCCGACAACCCCACGGCUCACGACGAGUAUGUCUCGUCCUUGACUCCCGACGCAGACUUUAUCAUGGGCACCAAGAAAGCCCGUGGGUCCGAUGACAUUCUGGCCAUACGCAAAGCACUGUGGACGGGACCCGUCAAAACCCGAAAACACAAGCUCGAGAAGAUCUUCCCGUUCGGCAAGGACAGUCACGAGGUCAUGGUUUAUGGGAGUGUCGACUACGGUCUCAAGAAUGGAAAGGAAGUGACGGUCGACUGGGCCGGGAGGGCGAAAUUUGUCGAGCAUCAAGGAUCGCUGAAGAUGUCUUUUUACCAGGUUUACUUGGACUCGGCUCCGGUUGCAAAUGCGGCAAAAGAGUAG